CGAUCCUUUCUUCUUCGUUUCAUCUUCAUCAAAAUUCAUACCCUAAAUCUCCAUUAAUCUUUACUCAAUUUAAACUUUAGAGUACAGAGUUCGGAUUUGGUUGAUUGAAUAUUCAAUCUUCUCUAACCUGUAACCCUAAAUUGAAAAUUGGGUAAAUUGGUUGAACCACCACCAUCACCAAGUUCGUCCUCUGAUUUCUAAUCGAAGAUUGGGUGAAUUCGUUGAAUUACUUCCACGUUGAUUACUUUACAGAGAAUCAUCAACCAUUUUUUCAGGAGAUCCCAAUUCACUUUUUUCUAAUCGAAGAUUGCAAACUUCAGACUUGGGUAAAAUAAUUCUGAUCGAAGAACAAUUUGAGGUAAGUUUGAGUGGUUACUAGCAGUUGCAGUUUGUUGGAGAUGGUGGCAGCGUUCAUCUAGUGAUAACCUUGAUGCUUGUCUUGAUGCUCUAUACGAGAAGAGGUGAAAAUAUUAACCAAGGCUUCCAUAAAUUUGGAUACCGGGUGUGAUAGUUUGAGGCUUAGUAUGAUGGGCAUGCAAGGAGGAAUGAUAUCGUAGGUUUCUACUUCAAUUAAGGGGAUCUUACAAGUGAUUUAUCAGAUACCUGUUGUUGUGGGGUAGCUUUGUAUGUGGCAGUUAGCUUAUACACAAGAAAGACGAAAAUUGCCUCUAACAGAAUACCAACAUUGUUUAUUGCGUUAGCAUCUUCUAUUACUAUUCUGGAUGGUUUCAUCAAUUUCUCAUCCAGGACGAAGUCCGAGACUUACUGACCUAGCUCGAGUACGAGACCAAACGGAGACUGAUACUGAAAAAGAAAGGUGCCUGCAUCGUGCUCAAUAUAGGGCAAAACAAGAUUCAAUUACUGAAGGCCAAAGGCAGGAGCACAAUGAACGACGUCGUUUAGUUUCAGGUCUAAGGUUUGUAUGUUUUCGGCCGGAUGCCGGCAAUACAUAUUGAGCAAAUAUUAUUUUGUUAAAAUUUAGUUUUACGUCAAUUUUUUUUCGGUCGGCCGUCCCAUCGUGGCAGCGGUCAUCUAGUAUCCCUGAUGCAUAACCCGUCAUGCGGAUGCAUAAUUCGUCAUGCAGACAUUUUUAAUAAUUUCAUCUAAUUAUGGGUGUGACGGAUCUAAAAUUUAAUUAUGGGCCUGACAAUGAAGAAAUUAUUUUUUUUGGGUCUCCGCCUAAAUUCCCCAAAAAAAUAUCUCCUCUCCGUUUUCUUGUCUCCUUUACUUCUCGAAUCUCAACCUCAGCUUAUGAGAACCGAAAAAAAACCCGAACGAAACAGGUGUGAAAUAUGGCGGGAAAAGGAGGAAAAGGGCUUUUGGCGGGAAAGACUACUGCGGCUAACAAAGACAAAGACAAGAAGAGACCAGUAUCUAGGUCAUCUCGUGCUGGACUGCAGUGUUUGUCCAUGGAGGAUGAUAAGAUCCUCAGCUACAACGAUGUUGUAUUGAGAAGAUCAGAUUUGGGGAUCCUCAGGGGUCAGGAAUUCCUAAAUGACCGUAUCAUUGAGUUCUAUUUCAGUUAUCUUGAUUCUGGUUGUUCCUCUCAAGACAUCUUGCUAGUUCCACCUUCUAUCUCAUUUUGGAUUAUGAACUGCCCAUUUCCAGACAGCCUCAAAGAUUUCGUUGAACCUCUUAAACUGCCUGAGAAGAGAGUAGUAAUCUUUUCAAUCAACAAUAAUACAGAUGUCUCCCUAGCUCAGGGUGGUACCCACUGGAGCUUACUUGCGUACGAGAAGAAUUCCAAAGUAUUUGUACACCACGAUAGCAUGGGAAAUUCUAAUCAGAGAUAUGCUAAGAAACUUUACAGAGAUGUUGUGGGAUUUAUGGGUGAUUCCGAAUCAGGGUCUUCAGAAAUUAGCCUUUCGGAGUGUCCAAUUAUGCCACAACAGAUGAAUGGUUAUGAUUGUGGUUUAUAUGUUACUGCAAUUGCAAAACUCAUAUGCGAUUGGUAUAAAAAUGGUGGUUCCACAAAUAAUGAAGAGUUGUGGUUUUCUGCUUUGAAGGAAGUUAAACCGCAGAUGGUAUCUAACAUGAGAAGUGAUAUACUAAUGCUUAUUCAGGAUUUGAUGGUCAAGAAAUGAGUUUCUUGGAAUUCUUUGGAUGGAGCAUCAAAAGCAAACCAUAUCAGUAUACUGACGGUAAAGUUGUCGAGUGUUGAUUCCUUGAGGCAAGGUCACAAAUAAAGCAUGGAGGUAAUAUCUUAUGGUGCGAAUGAGAAUGUAGAGAAGGUUUGUUGCCCUAACAAACAACUGCUGACAUAAAUCCAUAACGCCUCAAUGUUUUACAUAAUUACAAACUAUACAGUAUCUGGUUUGUCGGAAAUCAUUUUUUUUCAACUGCUACUGUGAAUUGAAUUUAAAUUUCAACUCUCCCAUCUUGCUCCCCUAAAGGCUAAACCUUUCUUUUUUUUAUUGUGGGCUUUUCUUUUGGCUGCUUCUAUGUACCUGAAACUGGCAACUUUGACAAUGAUACUACCCGAGAAAAACCAUGACAACAUCUCUAUCCUUCGAGCUCUGAGGAUCGGGUGACUAAACGGGUUAACUCAGUUUCUAUUGUUUUCCUUUUUCUAAAUGUUUGAACUGAGAAUCUGUAACAUCUAAUCAUAGGAUUUUGGUUUCAUGUUUAUUGUCUUACAAUCUUAAUCUUUUUAUUUAGUUCUCAUUAACAGUCUCAUUAUUUUCUCA